CUUAUUUUGGGGGUGUAUGUCUCUCCCUCUCGGUGUAUGUGUGUGUGUGUAAGUGUGCGCACGCGGUUUUGUGGUUCUUGUCUGGAACUGGACUUCCAGCGUGGUGUUCUUGGCGAUCGUUUUGGCGUUUCUGGGGUUUGUUUACCUAACUGGAAGCUCGGACAGCGUUGGGCUGUUCGGAUGGCGGAGAGCCAAGAGCUGUUCUGCAGUAAGGAGGCCCGGCUGAGGCCCAGCGACUCCGCCCAAGUGCCCCGAGCCUUGCCUAUGGAAGAGACCUCGGUGACCUGGUCCUUGCUUCCUCUGCAGAAUCCAAUGGCUGUGGCCACGCACAGGAACCUGGUCCAGGUUCCCCUAAUUUCAGAACCAGUUAUGGAGGUUGGCCUGGAUGUGUCCUUUGAGGAUGUGACCAUUCACUUCUCCCAGGAAGAGUGGGUGCUCCUUGAUAAGGCCCAGAGACUCCUGUACUGCAGUGUGAUGCUGGAAAACUUGGCACUUGUGGCAUCUCUGGGUUCCUGUACUGGAAUGGGGAAUGAAGAGGUGACUUGUGAGCCUAAUGCACCUGCAGAAGGGGUGGUAUGUAACAAAAGUCCAAUUCCCCAGGAGACUCAUCUCUUUGAGGUACCUGUCCCAGCUUUGGAAGACAUUGUGCACCAGACUGAGUACCUAAGCACACAUCCUGUUCUGACACUGGGCUCGGGCAGAACAGGUUCCAGUUUAAAUGAAGACAAUAACCAGUAUCAGAAGAGUUACAGUGGAGGAAAGUCCUGUGAAAGGGAUCCUGACAAGGCUUCAGCUAUGUCAAGCUGCAUAUCCCAUGUGUUGACCAAGCCAUUCAUCUGUGGGAAGGAUGGGGAGGAGGCCCUCACCUCUACAGUCUGUCUUCAGCAACAGGGUGCUUGUCAUAGGGAACAGCCCUCCACGGGCUGUCUUCAGCAGCAGGACACUUGUAGUAAUGAACAGCCUCACAGCAGCAGCAAGAGUGGGGAAGCACUUUUGAAUGGAAAGAAACAUUGUAAGGGCAGUGAAUGCCAAAAAGUUUCAAGCUGCACACAGGGACUUGUUCAGUGUCCAAGUGCCUCCUCUGAGAAAAGGCCGUCUGAGUGUAGCAAGUAUGAGAAAGCCUUCUCCUGCAAUUACAAACUUGCUCAGCACCAGGACAGUCAUCCGGGACAAAGGACAUAUGAGCACAGUCAGAAUGAGAAGCCCUUCAGCAAAAAGUGCCGCCUCAACACACAAGACAGAAUUUGUCCUCAAGAAAGGCCCUUUAAGUGUACUGAAUGUGGAAAAGCCUUUAUCUAUAAAUCUGAACUCAUUUACCAUCAGAGACACCACCGUGGUAGAGUACAUUAUGAGUGUAAGGAAUGUAGAAAGUCUUUCACCUACAAAUCCAACCUCACUGAACACCAGAGAAUCCACACUGGGGAAAGGCCUUAUCAGUGUGAACAAUGUGGAAAGUCCUUCAGACAAAACUCUAGCCUCUUUAGACACCACAGAAUCCAUACUGGAGAAAGGCCAUACGAGUGCUAUGAAUGUGGGAAAUCCUUUAGACAGAUCUUUAAUCUCAUCAGACACAGGCGAGUCCACACUGGAGAAAUGCCUCACCAGUGUCGCGAUUGUGGGAAAGCCUUUAGCUGCAAAGCUGAACUCACUCAACACGAGCGAAUUCAUAGUGGGGAAAAGCCUUAUGAAUGCAGCGAGUGUGGAAAAUACUUCAGGCAGUUCUCCAACCUCAUUCGACACCGGAGAGUACACACUGGUGACAGGCCUUAUAAGUGCAGUGAAUGUGAGAAAUCCUUCAGUCGCAAAUUCAUCCUCAUCCAGCACCAAAGAGUUCACACUGGAGAAAGGCCUUACAAAUGUGGGGAGUGUGGCACAUCCUUCACCCGGAAAUCUGACCUCAUCCAACACCAACGAAUUCACACUGGCACAAGACCUUAUGAAUGUGAAGAGUGUGGGAAGGCAUUCAGACAAUGCUCUAGCCUCAUCCAGCACCGAAGAGUUCAUACUGGAGAAAAGCCUUAUGAGUGUAUCGAAUGUGGGAAAGCCUUUAGUCAGAGUGCUAGCCUUAUUCAACACCAGCGCCUGCACACUGGAGAAAGACCUUACGAGUGUAGUGAAUGUGGGAAGUCCUUUAGCCAGAGUGCUAGCCUGAUUCAACAUCAGAGAAGCCACAGUGGAGAAAAGCCUUAUGAAUGUAGUGAAUGUGGCAAGCCCUUCACCCAUAAGUCUGACCUGAUUCAGCACCAAAGGGUUCAUACCGGAGAAAGACCUUAUGAAUGCCAUGGCUGUGAGAAAUCCUUUAGCCGUAGAUCGAAUCUUGUCCGACACCAGCGAGUUCACACCUAAGAAGAGUCUUUAUCAUGUAAGAAAUGUGCUGCUUAGGAUGUUCUUUAUCACAGUACAUAGGCAAAAAAAAUGCAUGAAGAUGUAUGCCUAUCCCUGAUUGGGCAAGGCUGGUAAGUAGGCAGCCUUGUGGGUUUUGCUUUUAUAAGCACCUGACUAACAUAAAUUGGUGCCAUUCUCUGAGCAUCCCAGGUAAGUACCUGGCCAGUGUCCAUCAUCCUGGCCAGUAUUUAAUAAAACUUCUUUCAAAUUUGGCUCCAAAAAAAGUGCUGAUUUACAAGUGUAGUAACACUGGGGUAGACUCACAGCCCUCUCUGAGUUCAAAGAUUCAUUUAAGUUUCAGAAGUGGAGGUUAUUUCAGAUAUGUGGGAAACUUUGAGGAGACUCAUUCCAGUUUUUAGUAUGCCCAGGGUCAUGUCCAGAUUUAUGCCUUUUGCAGUGUCUGUGGUAGAAACCCUGUUACUCCUAGCACCUUAAGGAUUAUGAGUCUGACUGUCCCUGCUGAGUGCUUAGAGAUGCAGACCUCUUUACUCUGCUCCGGCCUUAGCUUUGGAGACCCCUCCUUUCCUUACAGGGUGGCAUUCUUAUUUAGAAAGUGUGGUUUGAGUUGUGCUUUCAACUUUGCUAGGAAAGAUAACCUUGUUUAGGACAGAUUUUGUUCUCACACCUUGCUCCUGACGAACAUUUCCAGGCUGGAACUCACCAACUUGUGAAAUGCUUUACUCUCACCUAACUUUUGAAAAGGGAAUCUGUUUAUGCUCCUUUGAUCUUAAAAGUUCUGCUCAUUCUGUGGUGUGACUUACCAGCUGACCUGUGAUGUCAGCAUGAAGGGGUGGACCAAUUUCAUAGAUUUCCUCACUUUCUGUUUGAAGCAGCUGUGUGGAGUAUUGGUCUAGUUUUCAUGGCUGCACCUACCCUCACAGGAAAGACUUUUUUGGGUUUUGUGUUCCUGACUUACUGAAGUGAUUAUGAUUUUUGAGAGGUAAGAAGUCUUCAUGAAGAGGUGUGUUAUGACAACCCCAGGUACUUCUGUGCCACCUGAACAAUUCUGUCCACUUUUCCACCAGGAUGUCACAUAAUUCCUAGCAUUGUUGAGGGUAGUCUCUUCUGCUGGCCUUGUACUAGAGCCGUUGGCUAUGUGCUGAAUAGUGUGGAGGGUGGCAGUUUGUGAUUAGGACAGGAACUGAGUUAAUGGAUGCAAAGAUAAUACUGCAUUUCUUUAUUAUGCAUAUAUGUGGCUUGCUUCACAUGGACUGUAGUACUUGUAUGGAGGUCAGAAGGCAGCUUUUGGAGUUGAUUCUAUUCUACUAUGUGGGCUCCAGAGAUUGCAUUCAGGUCAUUAGCCUUUUGGUGAGCCCUUUCACCUACUGAGCCAACUCUCUGACCCUGGAACAUGCUUCUAUUAAAAGUUCACCUACAGAUGCUCUAGUCAUUUUGUGUGAGUUGACAAAUUCUCAAGAUCUUUUUAGCUAUUUCCUGUGGCUCUGGUAUUUUUGUCAGAGAAAACAGUGAAAUGAUUUUGUGGAUUCCUAUAUUUCCCCAGUUCUGCCAUGGGCCAAAGUUGUUCAGUCAGAAAAACAAGGUGAGGAAGAAGAUUCUGUGGGGUGGAGUAUAAUUCUGACCUUACUUGUGAUUUGAAGGGUAGUAACUUUUAUUACUUACGAAGACUGGCUGCUGGUGGAGCAAGGCUAUGAUUCUCAGAUUCUGAGUAGAAAGAUGAUGGAACCCAUAUCAGGUUGUGAAAAUGUUUUGAGAACAGCAGGGCAUCUAGGUAUACUGUCUUGGGCUACUUUUCACGGCAUUAUUUCUGUAUCAUCUGCAUGAUUGAUACUUAAAGGACAUAGCAUGGCAUUGUGGCAUGUGCUUGGAGUUCAAAUUUCUAGAAAGGCAGAAGAAUGAGGAGUCUAUGAGCCCAAGAGUUUGUGGCUCAUUGGGAGCAACAUAACAUGACUCUAUCUCACAAACAAAACCUCAAUUUGGUAAAGCCUUGAAAUCAUUACAGUUAUAAAAGCGAAUUUACCUGUCAUCUAUAUAUUUAUAAUGUGCCCCUUUAUUAGCAUUUCCUACCUCUCCUGGAAACUGGUGAUUUUGUUUUUAAACUUUAAUUUUUAGGUGUAUGGGUAUUUUCUCUGCAUGUAUGUAUAUGUGCCUAGUGCUUGGGAGGCCAGAAGAGGGAGAAGGACUGGAGUUACAAAUAGUUGUGGGCCAUCGUGUGGAUAUUGGGAACUGAACCUAGGUUUCGUGGAAGAACAUCUAGUGGUCUCAACUGCUGAGCCGUAUCUUCAGACUUUGCUUUUUCUUAAGCAACAUAUUAGUUUACAUGAUUUAGAAUUUUAAAUUAUUGCCUUCAAAGCAUGAAUGCUUAUAUAUGUAUGUAUAUAUAUAUGUAUAUAUAUAUAUAUAUCUUGUAUAAUUAUUUCAAGAUUCAACAGUGAUGCUCAUAUGAAAACUUGUUACUAUUGCUGAAUAGUGUUUUGUAUGGCUCAACUAAUGUUUGUUUAUUAAUUUAUUUAAAAAAGUUUCUUUAUAGAUUUUUCAUACAACAAAGGCUGCUGAGAAUAUAUAUUGUCAGUUUUAUAUAGUUAUGCAUUUUAAGCACCUUUUGUUAAUAACUCAAAUUGUAAUAUAGGAGUUAUAGAUGAAUAUUUUAAGAACAAUUUAGAAAAUGCCAACUGUGAUGCGUUUGCUCCCUUUUGUAUUCCCACCAGCUGAAUGUGAAAGUGGCUGUUUCUGUCCAUCCCGACGUGUUCACUAUAUGAAUAGUCCUUUAAGAUUUUAUCCCAUUUGGUGAGUCUACUGUGACAUUUUACUAUGUAUUUCAAUGUAUUUCCUUAAGUAUUCUGAAAUAAAACACAUUUUUCAUGUGCUUAA